AUGAUGUGAUCGAAGUGACUAAUGAGGCAGAAGAUUAUGUGGUAGAUGAUGUAGAUGAUACGGUAAAUGAAGCAGUGAUAGAUGAGAUUGCAGACGAAGUGGUAGAAGGGAUUGUGGACAAAAUGGAUAGGGCAGUAGAAGAGAUGGGGGAAAUGGUGAAUAAAGAGGUGGACGAAAGUGUAAAUGAAGUGGUAGUAGAUGAAAUAAUGGAUGAAAUAAUGGUUGAUGAGAUGACAAAUGAAAGUGAAGAAGAAAAAGAAAAUAUGUUAACCGAUAUACCUGAAGAAAGUGAAUUAUUGUUUGAAUCAUCAGUCGAUAGAAAUUUACCUGAUUUACCUGAAAAUAAUUCUGAA